AGAUCCGCAGGUUGGUUUCCUUGUUUUGAUGUGCGGACUCUCCGAGGAAAAUUAAAGCAAACCCAUUGCGAUACUGUGUUAUAAGCCUACUGCCCACUCCAUAAUAACCCAAAUAUAUCUCGACACUCAUUGCUCGACAGAGUUUCAGAGAGCCCACUGAAAGAGAAAGAUGGCGUGCUCGAGUAUGGUGAAAUUCAACGCCGCUGCCUCAUCGUGGAUCGGUGGACAGCAUUCCUUUAACCAGCGAUCUGGUUCGGCCUGUCGUUUGCCCUCCCGCCGUGUCUCCGUCAUCCGCGCCGGAUCUUACACCGAUGAACUCGUCAAAACCGCUAAAUCAAUUGCAUCUCCGGGACGGGGUAUCCUUGCCAUUGAUGAAUCAAAUGCAACCUGUGGAAAGAGGUUGGCAUCCAUUGGACUUGACAACACAGAAACAAACAGACAGGCUUAUAGACAACUUCUACUGACAACUCCUGGCCUAGGUGAAUAUAUUUCUGGCGCUAUUCUCUUUGAGGAGACGCUUUACCAGUCGACUACAAAUGGAAAGAAGUUCGUAGACUGUUUACGUGAUGAAAAUAUUGUACCUGGCAUCAAAGUUGACAAGGGUUUGGUUCCACUACCAGGAUCCAACAAUGAAUCGUGGUGCCAAGGAUUAGACGGAUUGGCUUCUAGAUCUGCUGAAUACUACAAGCAGGGGGCUCGUUUUGCAAAAUGGAGAACUGUUGUUAGCAUACCUUGUGGUCCUUCUGCUCUGGCCGUUAAGGAAGCUGCCUGGGGUCUUGCUCGAUAUGCUGCUAUUUCUCAGGACAACGGUCUUGUGCCUAUUGUAGAACCUGAGAUUCUUCUUGAUGGAGACCACCCAAUCGAGAGGACACUAGAAGUGGCAGAGCAAGUGUGGUCAGAGGUCUUCUACUACUUAGCAGAAAACAACGUCGUUUUUGAAGGGAUACUUCUUAAACCUAGCAUGGUAACUCCAGGAGCCGAACACAAAGAGAAGGCUUCGCCAGAGACCAUUGCCAAAUAUACGCUCACCAUGCUAAAAAGGAGAGUACCUCCUGCAGUUCCAGGAAUUAUGUUCUUGUCAGGUGGACAAUCUGAAGUUGAGGCAACGUUGAAUCUCAACGCGAUGAACCAGAGUCCCAACCCAUGGCAUGUCUCUUUCUCCUACGCACGAGCACUCCAGAACAGUGUGCUGAAAACAUGGCUAGGACGCCCUGAGAAUGUUGAAGCUGCGCAAAAAGCACUUUUGGUACGUGCUAAGGCUAACUCCUUGGCACAGCUCGGAAAGUACUCGGCUGAAGACGAAGGGGAAGAUGCCAAGAAAGGAAUGUUCGUCAAGGGCUACACAUACUGAGUGUGUGGCCCAUGUAGUCAUGUAAUCUUGAGUUAUGCUUAGUAACUUCCUUUCCAAUCUUAAAUAUAUAGUGCUUGAAUAAUAAUGAGACAUGAGAAGGAUUUUAUCCAAAUUUCGGCCCGUGUCUGGUCACUUUUAGCAUUGUGUAAGAAGACAGGUGUAUCAUUUUAAUUAAAAAUGAUUUCGGAAGACCUGAACCUGCGGAAAUAUAUUGUUUUGUUUAAUCGUAA